CUUAACCAUGUUAUCUGUCUAAGCUUCGGAGCCAAAUUUCUUCUUAUUUGAAUUACUUGAUAGAUCUCUCUCUCUUUCCUGCCCUUUUUGUUACAGCAAAUGACAGCUGUCUUAGACCUGUUAGCGGAAAUGGGAAACUUCUGUCUCCAGGGAAAUGUCCUUAUUUAAUCAUCAUUCGUGCCUGAGGAUUAUACCGUCAAGGAAGCGGAACUGAAAAUGGGAAGCCUGCUAGGGCUGUGUCAUGGGAAAGCUCCAGCUUCCACUCAGCUGUUCUUAUAUUUUAUGGUUGGGAGUGACCAAAACGCAAGCCCGGAGAUGGAGAUAGUUGUGGAAGAGACUGCCUCUGUCAAAGAGUGUCUAAAUUUAAUGCUGGAAAAAUCGGGAUUAUCAGGUGACAACUGGCAUUUGAGAAGGGUUGACUGGUGCUAUGAAGCAGGGGAAGCAUGAAGUCAGGAAAAUGCCACUCUGAAGGAACUUAAUGUUUGCAGAGGAGAUACUUUGGUUAUAACUGAAGGAAAGCUUCCAGCAAAGGGUUUCCUGAAAAUACCCGUCUGGUGGUUGAAGCCUUCAAGCCAUAAGAAACAUGGAGAGAAUGCACAAGACCAAGUGAAUGGGAUGACCUGCAAGAUGGAUGCUUUGCAGGUGUCUCCUGCAGGAGAUGCACCAGAAUACCUCCACACAGACACGGAUCUUUGUUAUGCUGGCAGUCUAGAAAUAGCAGGAGAAGCUUCUUUGGAAGAUCUGAAGAUGCAGGCCAUGACCUUACCGUGCUGCCCAGAGCAGAUUGUCCCACUGCCCUCGUUUCUCAGAGCAUGGACAGUGGACAGUAAGCGCCCAGGCAAGCUUUUACGAAACAACAAGCAGCGACUCAACCCCCAGGAACUGCUGCUUCGAGUCCAGAUGGGCAUCCCAGGGGAGAGGGACUACUAUGGCUCCACGGAUUUGGUGUGGGAUAUCUCCAAAGAAUGCACAACCUGGGCACUGAGGCAACGAGUGGCUUCUCACUAUGGUCUCCCUGUAGAUAAAACUGAAAUAGCCAAAUACUUCCCUGAAAGAUUGGAGUGGCUGCCAAUAUCUAGCUGGACACAGCAAAUGUCAAAGAGGAAACGGAAGAAAAAACAGGAGAGUUUACAGUCAGCGCCGUACCACCUGAAAGACGGCGAUAUCAUUGGGGUGAAGAAUCUUCUUCUUGAUGACACUAAGGAGUUCAGCACAGUGAGAGAUGACGUUGGAAAAGAGAAACAAAGGCAGCUUGCAUUAGGAAAAAAGAAAAGUCGGCAAGCCGAACGCUUACAGGAGCCUGUUUUCUCUGAGGAGAAGCUGAAUAUUAAGCACCGUAAACCAGAAGUGGCUCUGUCUAUCAAUGUGGGCGUUUUCAGAUAGCACCAGGAGAUGAUUCGCUGAGCAGACCGUACUACAGAUGUCCUCAGUUGGCCUGGAGUACCUCAGCUGGACCGGCAAGAGGGUCUUUCCCGAAGUGUCUUCAGGAAUCACCGAGACAAACUGGAGAUAGGAUUCAGGCUAACUCUGAUUUUCUUCUAAUCUCUCUUGGGGAAGUGCUUUAGCAUCCCUUUAUCCAUGUGGUAUUUCUUCUCAGGCUAGGUAAAUGCACUUUAUCCAUGAGAAAACAGAUUAAUAUAUUGUGUAACCUUUUGGUGACUGUUUUGUA